CCAAGACGUCGCAAGCUGGUGAUGAGUUCUGAAGCGGGAAAAGAAGUAUGUCGGCCCGCUAUAUGGCCUUCCUGUCUUUCUCAACAAUCAGUUCAAUGUCAAGGCUUUGAACGGUGAUGGGUUACGCCACAGAUAUUUCCCAGAUCAAAGGGGGGCAAUCGAUCAUCACUGAGGUGUUUCUAUUUGCUGGGGCCGUUCCUUUUGUGUACACCAAUGUGUCGCAAUCGAUGAUGCGGGGAAAGGCCGACAAGUGCGUCUUUAUCUGCACCGUUAAUUCCUGGAACCGUGCCUUCACCGUACCUAUUUUGCUGAGGCGACUUCGAGGCAAAAUUUUAUUACCACUGACGCUGGGUCCAGCCGCAAAACAUCCUGUCUAGCCCAGCAGAUCUUCAGGAGGAGAGGACACCCUCUUGAGACUCUAAGGCUCGCCCAAGGGCGCGUGAGAACAGACAUUGAAGGCACUGUUCGAAUCCCAGCAGCAUUCAAUGGCCGCUG